GGCCUCGUGAACUCGGCGCAGGUUAAAAAUGACAAGGAAUUUGUUAAUGGAAAUUCAAACACAACAGACCAGUUUUGUCUAGAUAUUUAAGAAGUGCAACAAGGGAUUCAAUCAACAAUCCUUCCUGCUCAGACUGUGGGGAGGAAUUCACUCAGUCAUCUAACCGACUGGCACGCCUGUUAUUUUACACGGGGGAGAGGCCAUUCACUUGCUCAGACAGUGGGAGUGGAUUCAGUUGGUCAUCACAACUGAAGGUACAUCAGCAAAUUCACACUGGGACAAGGCUAUUCACCUAUUCUGUGGGUGAGAAGGGAUUCAGUCGGUCAUCCCACCUGCGGACACACCAGUCAGUUCACACUGGGCAGAGGCUGGUCAUCUGCUGAAUUUGCGGGGAAGGAUUCUCUCGGUCAUCUGACCUAAUGGCUCAUCAGCGAGUUGACACCGGGGAGCGGCCGUUCACCUGCUUGGACUACGGGAAGAGAUUCACUGAAUCAUCUAAGUUGAAGGUACAUCAAGGAGUUCAUACUGGGGAGAGGCCAUUCACCUGCUCAGACUGUGGAAAGAGAUUCACUCGGUCAUCUCACCUACUGCUACAUCGGUUAGUUCACACUGCAGAGAGGGAUUUCACCUGCUCAGAUUGUGGGAAGAGAUUCACUCACUCUUCCACCCUACAGAGACACCAGUCAGUUCACACCAGGGAGAGGCCAUUCACCUGCUCAGUCUGUGGGAAGAGAUUCACACAGUCAUCACACCUACAGAGACACCAGCAAGUUCACACUGGGGAGAAGCCUUUCACCUGCUCAGACUGUGGGAAGAGAUUCACACAGUCAUCCACCCUACAGAGACACCAGUCAGUUCACACUGGGGAGUGGCGGUUCACCUGCUCAGAAUGUGGGAAGGGAUUCACACAGUUAUCCAAAUUACUGGCACACCAGUCAGUUCACAGUGGGGAGUGGCCAUUCACCUGCUCAGACUGUGGGAAGGGAUUCACUCGGUCAUCUGAUCUGCUGACACACGGGCGAGUUCACACCGGGGAGAGGCCAUUCACCUGCUGUGAAUGUGGGAAGGGAUUCGCUCGGUCAUCUGAUCUACAGAUACACCACCGAGUUCACACUGGCGAGAGGCCGUUUACCUGCUCAGUCUGUGGGAAGGGAUUCCAUCAAUCAUCCAACUUUCAUAGACACCAGCAAUUUCACACUGGGGUGAAGCAGUUCACCUGCUCAGACUGUGGGAAGGGAUUCAGUCGGUCAUCCUCACUAUUGGCACACCAGUCAGUUCACACUGGGGAGUGGCCAUUCACCUGCACAGAAUGUGGGAAAGGAUUCACUCAGUCAUCUGAACUACUGGUACACCAGUCAGUUCACAGUGGGGUGUGGCCGUUCACCUGCUCAGAAUGUGGGAAGGGAUUCACUCAGUCAUCCAACCUACAGAGACACCAGUCAGUUCACACUGGGGAGAAGCCGUUCACCUGCUGUGAAUGUGGGAAGGGAUUUGCUCGGUUAUCUGAUCUACAGAUACACCAGCGAGUUCACACUGGGGAGAGACCAUUCACCUGCUCAGUCCUGGUAGCGUUAACCUAA